AUGCAGGUCUGGGAUGUCUACCAUCGAGUUAAAACACUGGGAGAGGGCUCGUUUGGCUCUGCUCAUCUGGGAAAGCAUAAGAGGACCAAGGAGGAGCGCGUCAUCAAGGUCGUCGAGAAAUCGCAGGCAAAGCUUCCGGUAGAAGACAUCGAGAAGGAAAUCAUGGUCCUUCGACAGGUGGAUCAUCCACACAUCAUUCGGCUGCACGAGUGGUAUGAAGGGUCAUCGAAGAUCUAUCUGGUGAUGGAUGCGAUUAAGGGCGGCACCCUGCGCGAAGUCUUGCUGCGCUUCCAAGCGGAAGGGGCCGCCGUGGAGGAGACCUGGAGCCGGUCCGUGAUGAAGCAGACCCUGCAGGCCAUGGCCUAUUGCCAUGGAAUGCGAAUCAUCCACAAGGAUUUGAAAGACGAGAAUGUGAUGCUUCUCAAAGGGGCCCGGUACCUGAGCUUCCUGUGUGGCUGA